AUGGAUUCAAUUGAAGCCAAUGGCGACACGGAGGAUGACCACGAUAUCGUAGCCAGCGGUCCCCUUAUCCUCUCCCCUUCCAGCUCUUUCGAGGCCACACCACAGCCCAGGAAAACAAGUAUUCCAUUGAGGGCCCUCUUCCUCUAUCCUACUGUCGGUGCAUCCAAUGGUAAUGACUCGGAACCCGGGCUUGAUUUUUAUUGGCACGGAGAGAUGAAAAAUUAUGCUCAAGAGCUUGCACAGUAUGAUCUCCUCCAUACUAUACAGGGAUCAGAACCUAUAGGCACCGGUUCUAGUACUUAA